AUGGCGAAAUUUCUUCAACGUUUAUUCAGCGGUGGUAGUUCAUCAUCAAAACGUUCAUCAUUACGUGCUUCACAUACAUCAGUUCAUGAAAGUAGUCAACGACCUGGUGCAUCAGCGAAUAUGCGUGCUGCUACAUCACUUGAAAGUCUUGCAUCAUAUAAUAUUAAUCCAAGAGAACUCGAAAAAAAUAAAUUACACAAAGCAUCAUGGGAAGGAGACAUCCAUAAAGUAGAACGUCUGGCUCGACCAGGUCUAGUUGAUCAACAAGAUCAACAAUCUCGAACACCAUUGCAUAUGGCUGUUGCCAGAGGACAUCUAAGUAUAGUACAACGUCUUGUUCAUGAAGGUGCAAGAUUAAAUCUUGUUGAUAACGAUCAACGAACACCUUUAGUUAAAGCUGUUCUUAGUGGUAAUCACAAUCAACCAUUAUAUUAUCAAAUAUGUAUAGCUUUAUUACAAGGUGGAGCUGAUGCUUUUAUUAAUGCCGUAGAUAAUAGUGGAAAAAAUGCAUUACACUAUUCAAUUGAAUAUGGUAAUGAAGACCUUGUUGAUCUUUUUUUAUCAUUUCAAAAUUGUGAUGCAAAUUUUCGAGAUCGUGAUCAAAUGACACCAUUACAUUUAGCUGUUAAACGAAAUAGUCCUAAUAUUGUUGAUAUACUUUUAUCGGAUAGACAUACACAUCAAGCUGAUCCUAAUUUAACAAAUAGAAAUGGACAAACACCAUUACAUAUGGCAGCUAGUCUUGGUUAUGCUGAUAUUAUUCAAGUUAUACUUCAAUCAAAUCUUUCUGAACCAUGUGAUCCGACAAUUCUUGAUACACGACAAUUAUCAGCAUAUCAAUUAGCUCAAGAAAAUCAUCAUGAUGAAUGUGCAAAAUUAAUUGAUGACUAUCAACAUGGUUGGACAAAACUUUCACCACGACGAAAUACAUUAGAAUCAAUAAAUGAACAUGAAAUUAAUCCUGUGAUUAGAAAUCCAGCAGGACGUUUUCGUGAUGAUGAUGAGGAUGAUAAUUACAGUGAAAGUACAACAUCAGAAGAUACAAAUCAAUUUUCAAAAUCUUCAUCAAGACGUAUACAACAACAACAACAACAACCAUCAAAUCAAUGGUUAAAUCGAUCAACACCUGUAAUUAAUCAAAAUAAACAAGAAACUUAUUCUUUAGCUGAUCUUAUUAAAAAGAAUCCAUUACAACCUGAUUCAUCUAAAACAUAUGAAACAAAACCAAACAAUCAAACAUUAUCAAAUCUUGUUAAUAGUAUGCCAUUAAAACCUGAUGAAUCACGAACACAUGUAUCAAAACCAAAUAAUCAAACAUUAUCAAAUCUUAUGCAUAAUAUUCCAUUGCAACCAGAUGAAAAAUCAACUAAUAAAUCUAUGAUAACUCCACAAAAACAACCACCAUCAAUAUUCGGUAUUGGACCGACAAUACUUCAACGUGAGGAUAGUGAUAAUAUAUCAACAAGUAUGUCAAUUGAAAGACCAUCUAUAAAUAAAAAUCUUAUUGGUGGACCAACAUUAUCAUCAAAGAAAAAUGUAACAAUUAGUUCAUUGAUUCAAUCAUUACCACAACCUGAAUCAAAUGAUUCAAAUUCGUGGACAUAUGAUAAAUCAUCAGUACAUAAACAAGAACCAAUUACAAAACCAGCAACAAGAAUUGAAACAUCAGAUGAUACAUCAUUAUCACAUUCUGAUGAUGAUGAUAAUAAUGUUGGAAAUAUUUAUAGAACUAAAACAGCAUCAACGAAUUUUCCAAAACCACCAACAUUAAAUCAUACAUCAGGAUUUACAACAACACGUUCAAAUGAACAACUCAAUAAUACCGAUAGUGAUGAAGAUUCAAUUGAAGCUGCUGUUCGACAAAUUAAUACACAAAAAUCAUCAUUUGGUAUUCAAAAUUUAGUCAAUCAACAAAUUGGAAAUAAUUUUAAAACUUCUCAACAAAUACCUAUUUCAAAUGUACAAGCACCAAUAACUGAAGAUUAUUUAUAUACAACAUCAUCUAUAGGAUCAAAUAAUGAACCAACAACAAAAGGUAUUAGUAAUUUAGUUCAACAUCAACCAUUACUUAGUAAAAAAACAAGUGAAUCAACAUGGGAUGAUUCUCGUCCAUUAAGUGCUGAUUUAGAACGUAAUUCAAUUAAAUCAAAAACUCAUACAGCAUUUAGUUCAAGUGAUAGUGAUACAGAUCAAGAUCAAAAAUCAGCAACAAUUGUUAAAUCACCAGUAAAAAAUGGAGCUAUAGCAAAUUUUAUUCAAACAAGUAUGCGACCAACAGAAUUUAAUGAAAAAAAACCAACAGGUGUUGAAAAUUUAAUAAAAAUUAUUGAUGAUAUUAAACAUUCACCACCAACAAAGCAAAAUCAAUCAAUACCACAUAAACCAAUUGGUACACUUAUUACUUCAUCAAUGCUUCAUCGUAAUGAUUCAUUAUCAUCGGAUGCUAGUUCAAUAGUUGCUGAUAGCGUACGAACAUUAGCAAUGGCAAUUCCUACGAUACCUACUUCAAAGCCACAAUUGUAUCAUGAUGAAGUUGAUAAACUUCAUUGGCCUUCAAUGACAAAUGAUAGACAUGAUUUUAAACAUAUUACAGACAAAUAUUCCAAUGAAAUCAUUCCAUCAUCUCAACGACAAUCAUCACGUACAUUGGCACAUCAUGAAUUUAAUAGUUUACGUGGUUCAAUGUCUUCUUCAACGUCAUCAAUUCAAAAUAAUAUGGAACGUUUAAGUGAACUUAAAGAAGAUAUCAAACAAAUUGAACGUAAACAAGAAGAUAGUCUUGAAUUAAAACGACAAUUAAAAGAUAUGGAAAUAAAAAAAAAUAAUUUUGAAGCAUUAUAUAAAAAAAAUGAUCAAUUAUUACGUGAAACAGAAACAAAAUUAGAAAAAGAAAUUAAUGAAAAACAACGUUUAGAAUGGGCAACAAAAAAUUUAAAUAUGGAAUUAAAAAGUGUUAAACAAAAACUUCAAUCAUUAGAAGAAGAAAAAGAUAUAUUAAAUCAACGUUGUGUUAAGUUAAAAGACGAACGCGAUAAUUAUGACGAAAAAUUACGCAUACAUCAAGUAAAUAGUUUACAAUCAGUAACAGCAGCUGGUGUACUACGUGAAGAAGAUAUUGAAAAAAUAAAAUUACGACAUCGAGAAGAAAUGAAAUUAUUAUCUGCUGAAAAUGAUGAUCUACAUCAACGUACAAAACAAUUACAAUCAGAUUUACAAUUACAUAAAGAAUCACUUGAUGUAACAAUACGUUAUAAAAUUGAUUUAGAAAAAGCUCUAGAAGAAAAAACAUUUUUACAACAUGAAUUAGAUCGUUUAAAACAUGAAAGAGAUUUAAUUGAACAAGAAAAAAUUGAUUUUAAAACAAAAUAUGAUAAUUUACAAGAAGAAAUACGUCUUAUGUUAUUAGAUCGUUCAAAAUUAGAACAAAAAUUAACAAAUGAAUUACAAGAACAAAUGAAACAACGACAACGUUCAACAGAUGAUAUUAAAAAAUAUAAAGCACAAAUUGAACAAUUAAAUAUUAAAUUAGGUGAUGCUGAAGCACGUUUACUUGUUUUACAAACACAAAAUGAAGCAUUAUUAGCAUCAAAAGAUCGUGAUAUUAAAAAUGAAUUUGAUACACUUACACAACGUCUUAAUACAAUUGAAUCAGAAAAAUUAAAUGCUGAACAACGAUUUCGUAAUGAACAGAAAGAUAUAACAAAUAAACAACAACAACAUAUUUUACAUGAACCACUUGUUCUUCUUACAUCAACACCAUUAAACAAUGCUUUACAACAACAACACCAUCAACAUUCAUCUUCUUCACCAUGUAUAAAAUGUGAUACACUUCAACGAAGUUAUGAACACGAACGUGAACAACGUAUACAAACUGAAAAAGAUAAUGAACGUUUACGUGAUGUUGUAUCACGUCAAAAACAACACAAUGAUUUAAAUAAAUCUCUUCAACAACACCAAGAAUAUGAACAUAAUAUUUCGGAAAAUUCAAAACAAAUUCGUUCUGAAACUGGUCGUGUUAAACAUGAACUUGAUCGUCUUCGACAUGAUUUUGAUAAAUUAGUUUCAAAUUAUGAUUCACCAAAUAAUUUACAACAACAAACACAAUUACAUUCACAAAUUGAUACAUUACGUCAGUUUUAUGAACAAGAAUUUCGACAACAAUUACUUUUAUCAAAAUUAACAAAUGAAAUGAAACCAUCACCACCACCCCCAACAACAAUUCAUCAUUAUCAUCGAACAUCAUCACCAAUAAAACAUGAUGAACAUGAACAUUCAUUAAAUGGAAAUUCAAAUUGUUUAGCAUGUUCAAGUAGUCGUUUACUUAAAGAACGUCUUGAAAAUGCUAUUGAUACAAGUUUAGCUGAUCAACGUAUACAAACAAUUAAACAAAUGCCUAUUUUACCACGAUUAACAUCACCUUUAUUACCAACAAAUAAUAAUACUACAUCAUCUUUGGAAAUUUUACGCAAAUUUUAUCAUGUUUAA